CGCCGUUGUCAGCUGCGCCGGAAGUUCCUAGCCGGGCCUGGCGGUAACCUUGGGAGCCUCACUGGUUCCUCCGCGGCUGCUGGAGUGGGCUUUGCGAGUCUGAACCUCAGCUGCUCUAGGCUCGUUAGCUGCCGAGAGCCUCCGGGUUUGCGGUGGAGGACGCUGAGGCUCGCGGGGCGGGGCAGGCACCCGGGCUCAGGGCCGCCCAGCCGACAUGUCUCUAGUGGCGGAAGCCUUCGUCUCCCAGAUUGCAGUAUUCUAAGGAUUUUCCAGCAUUGAGGAAGGCACUGAGGAAUUAUUCAAGUUAUUGAGCUGACCAUCACAUUUCAGAGAAUUAAAAAAGAUCAUAUUAGUCAUAUGAAUAAUCUUACACAGUUGUGCUUAUGACCUUGGAGUUGUGAAGCUGAUGUUGAAUGGGGCAUAUGGUAAAGCAAAACAGUGACAGAAUAGCUGCAGAACCCUGGCCUGAAAAUGCUACAUUGUAUCAGCAAUUGAAAGGGGAGCAAAUUUUACUUUCUGACAAUGCAGCUUCUCUUGCUGUGCAGAGAGACAUCCUGGAGUGAUAUCCUGUGUUUGGGAGCUGAGAGGGAGAGGGAUCCUGUGUGGAUCUCAGUACAUGCCUUUUUGCAAAUGUGUAAUUUGCCUAUCAAAGUAGUUUGUAGGGCAAAUGCAGAAUAUAUGUCUCCCUCUGGUAAAGUACCUUUUAUUCAUGUGGGAAAUCAAGUAGUAUCAGAACUUGGUCCAAUAGUCCAAUUUGUUAAAGCCAAGGGUCAUUCUCUUAGUGAUGGGCUGGAUGAAGUCCAAAAAGCAGAAAUGAAAGCUUACAUGGAAUUAGUCAACAAUAUGCUGUUGACUGCAGAGUUGUAUCUUCAGUGGUGUGAUGAAGCUACAGUAGGGGAGAUCACUCAUGCUAGGUAUGGAUCUCCUUACCCUUGGCCUCUGAAUCAUAUUUUGGCUUAUCAGAAACAGUGGGAGGUCAAACGUAAGAUGAAAGCUAUUGGAUGGGGAAAGAAGACUCUGGACCAGGUCUUAGAGGAUGUAGACCAGUGCUGUCAAGCUCUCUCUCAAAGACUGGGAACACAACUGUAUUUCUUCAAUAAGCAGCCUACUGAACUUGAUGCACUGGUAUUUGGCCAUCUGUACACCAUUCUUACCACACAAUUAACAAAUGAUGAACUUUCUGAAAAGGUGAAAAACUAUAGUAACCUCCUUGCUUUCUGUAGGAGAAUUGAACAGCACUAUUUUGAAGAUCGUGGUAAAGGCAGACUGUCAUAGAGUUAUGUGUUAGUCUCAUAAGUCUGAUUUUUGACAUAUGUUUUACUUGAAUGUUAUAUUAGAUAUUGGUAUCAGAAUUUUAAAACCAAAUUACUGUUUUUUGAAACCUCAAAACAAAUUAUACAAUGUAUCUUAUAUAUGUGCUUUAUAUUGUUACUUGUGUACACAUUAAAAUAAUUCUGAAUUAUUUCAUUUGAUAUAUUGUAUUCUAUAUCUUGAAAUUUUUGUUUCCUUGAAACGUGCACGCAUAUAAAAAUAAAGCUUAUACAACUGUAUAGAUGUUACAUUUA